UGUCAACCAUAAAAAAAAUCGGUUAUCCAAACGGUUAGUAAUCAUUCAAAGGUCAAAUUGAAUUACUUUCGAUUGUACUUAGAGUAAGGUAUGUAGAUACUCAAGUAUGCUCAUAUAAUUGGCUUGAUACAGUUUUUUUGGGUGGAACCUGUUUGAUUAUUUUCAUUAGUUUCUUUGCGAGAUUUCUUAUAUGCGAUAGGUAAGUAGAUUGAUCAUUUUGGAUUAAUGGACAAAACGUCAGGUACACAUAGAUCAUAUGAAACACCUUUCGCACCUAAAGAAGGUGCUUACAAUUGAUAAGCUUUUGGAGCAUUUUUGUUUGUUGCCCGCAGCCAAAUUAAUCAUUAAAAUUUUUGUUGUUUGCUUCUACCGAUGAAUGUUUGUGGUUUUACAUUUUGUCCAAAAACUUUUAUUUUGCAAACGAAAAAAUUCAUUACAAUGCGAAUUUCUUUUCGAGAAUGUAGGUCAGAAAAAUGUUCAAAAGUUAUGUGUGUUAUUUUGUUACCUAAGAAGUUUUUUUUACGUCCUUGAAAGAGUGUGGUUCGUCCUUGCUUUUGCUCUUGUUGCUGUUGCUAGUGCAGGAUAUGUUCCUCAACCACAAGUCUACCAUGCUGCUCCAGUUGCACAUACUGUUGCUGUUGCUCAAGCACCACAGCAUAUUUUGACUAAGAGUGUUGAGGAAUAUGAUCCACAUCCACAGUACAACGUUGCCUAUAACGUUCACGAUUCUAUUACUGGAGAUGUCAAGAGUCAAUCGGAGAGCAGGGAUGGUGAUGUUGUUAAUGGAGAAUACUCUUUGAUCGAUGCUGAUGGAUACAAAAGGACAGUUUCAUACAGUGCUGAUGCUGAGCAUGGAUUCAACGCUGUAGUCAACCGUGUUCCAAUCCAUGAAGGUGAGCAUGCAGCACAUGCUCCUGCUCAAGCCGUUGUUAAGCAUUUGAGCCCUGUUCAUGCAGCUCCAUCACACACAUAUGCUGCCCCAGCUGUUGUGAAGACCGUUGCUCCAGUAUCAUAUGCUGCUCCAACCUACCAUCAUGCUGUUUCAGGUCCAGUAUCAUAUGCUGCCCCAAGCUAUCACCACACUGUUUCUGCUCCAGUUGUUGCUUCAGCCCCAGUGUCAUAUGCUGCCCCAACCUACCAUCAAGCUGUAUCUGGUCCAGUUGUUUCAUAUGCUGCCCCAACCCACUAUAAAUCUACUCCAGUCACCUACUCUACAUCAAACAUUGUGAAAAAUGUCAGUCCCGUGACAUAUGCCACUGCUCCUGCUGCCCCAAGCCAUGUUCAUCAAUACGUUUCAUCACCUACUUAUGCAGCACCAGCCAACUACCAUGCCCAUCCACAAACAGUCUAUGUGGCUCCAUCUGUGGUUAAAACUGUUUCCUCCCCAAGUUACUACAAAUCCGCUCCAGUAGCUUACGCUACAUCCGAAUCCUACUCUGCACCAGCAACAUACGUUAAGUCAUCAGAGCAUAACAUUCAAUACCAUCAUUAAAUAAGUUUUUUGUUUUAUUUUGUUUUGUUUUCGUUGUAUUGAAAUAAAUAUUUAAAAAAAAUGUUUUCGUUAAAA